AUGAAUCCAUCCAGCAUCCAGGACCCGGCAUUGCAUUUGCAGGAAAACCCCUCCGGGUCGAGCAAAACCCGCAACAGGAACCUCGACAAGAAGCUUCACAGUUUGAGCAUCAUCGAGGUUGGGCCAUCGACUCUGGGACCUCCUGGAGUCAUCAGCAUGGUUAAAACGCUGCGCAACCAGCCCACAAGCGCCCCUUCCCCCCAAUUAUCCUUCGGUUGCCAGGGCCAUCGUUCAGUCGUCCUGGUCUCGCGCGUCUUUGUUGUCGUUUUCAUUUCGGCCCGCCGUCGUCAUUUGCACUCAAUUAUAUCCGUGCAAUCUGCAAAAGUACCCUCCUACGUAUUCUCCCGGUCCAAGUCGGCUGACUUGGCCCAGACCAGGGCAGGCAACACACCCCGAAAACACCUGGAGUUGAGGGCACAGCUUGCAGCCGCUACCGUGAAAAAACCACCACCUUCAGCACGGGUAUUAUGUCCCCAGACUCGCCACCAUCACAUCCGAAUUAAAUCCUCGCGUCAUUGCUCCAUGUCCUUCUUAAUACUUAUACAUACAUAG